ACUUUUUUUCAAUUCUUUUUUUUUUUUAUUUUUAUUUGCUUGUUUGUUUUUCUAUUUUAUUUGUGUGCGUUUUGUGUGUACCUGCCCUACUUUAUACAAAUCAAACCCAAAUCUUUUACCCUCUUUGUUACUUUUCUUCUUUUACAAAUUACUCAAGCCAUAAUUUAGAGUAAUCAAUGUUUGUAUAUAAACAUGCCUUCAAUAUCAUUAAAAAACCUUUUUCAACACCUAAAGCGGUUACAACAACUCAAAGACUUUUUGAUAUCAACAACAUUUACAGCAGAGGAAGCCGCAUUCAUUCACAGUAUUGCUUAUUUUUACACACAUAUUCCCCCGAAAGGUCUAUAGCAGCCACUUCUCGUGCACAUAGUCAGCAUCAUCUACAUAUCGCAUCCUUACCACAACAGCAGCAACAGCAACAGCAAUUAGAAGGCUGCUCAAAGCCAACAAGCAACAACCUGAAUGUGAUUGAUUUUUUCCAUCCAUCCUUAGCUUCAGAGACACUGUUUCACUACACCUUUAAUUUUGGUUGUUCCGGAUUUCCAAAACGUUGCAAAAUAAAACCAGAAAAGACAGAAAAGUCUGGUACAUCAAUAACAACACCAACAACUUCAUCAUCCAUAACAACAACAACAACAACACCAGCAGCAGCAGCAACAACAGGAACUAGUGUUGACUCAGCUGAAGAUGUCACUGACGAUCACAGAAUAUAUUCUAGUUUUCAAAUCGGAGACGAUGCAUACUUUAAACGGAAUGACGCUCUAGGAGUUGCAGAUGGGGUUGGUGGAUGGCGAACGCAUAAAGGUGCAAACCCUGCUUUGUAUUCUCGCAAACUAAUGCAUUAUGCUCAAAUAGAAUUGGACCGUAUUAAAACGAAUGUUCGACCACAACAAUUACAAGUUAAACCGGAUCCAGUCCAAGUAUUGGAAAGUGCUUAUCAUAUGACAACUUUGGAUGCACAAAAUGAGGGAAUCGUAGGCUCUACUACGGCUUGUAUUGUAAUAUUAUGUCAAGAUGAGCUUCGAAUAGCUAACUUGGGCGAUUGCGGUGUGUCAGUGAUUCGACAAAAUGAUUACAUAUUUCGAUCGGAAGAACAACAGCAUUCAUUCAAUUUUCCAUAUCAAUUAGGAACGGCUUCCUUCGAUUCGCCUUCGGAUGCCCAGCAGUUUACCGUGAAGAUAGAAGAAGGAGAUAUCAUCAUUGUGGGAUCAGAUGGUUUAUUCGAUAAUCUAUAUGAUGAAGAGAUAUUAGAAGAAGUGACAAGUUGUAUAGAGAAAUCAAUGAUGGUUGAACCACAACACAUAUCAGAUGCCCUCGCUCACAGAGCCAGAGUGGUUAGUGAAGACCCCGAAAAUCCGAGCUCGCCCUUUCAAUUAAGGGCGAUGCAUGAAGGUCUAUAUUAUCAGGGUGGCAAAGCAGAUGAUAUAAGCGUAUUAGUAGCUGUUGUGAAAAAAGACGAAAAACCUCCAGAAAGGUCCCCUCCGCCAUUGCCUUAAAUUGACCAACAUUCCUUAUUUUAUAUACCGCAUAUAUACACAUGUAUAUCCAUUAGAUGCAUUAAUCUAUAUAACUCAUUCUCACCCCAUGCUUAUACAUGCAUGCAUACAUACAUAUAUCUCAUCAUUUUUUUCAAUUGUACAAUUCAGCAACAUCUUUGACAUCAUAAAAAGUAGUAGUGAUUAUGGAAAGCUUUCAA